AUGUCAUCCAUCGCCCACGACACGGCCUUUCAGACCCUAGACGCUCUGGAGCAGCGACUGCAACGCGUCCGUUUCUUGCUCUAUGGUACCUCCACCGCUGCCGACCCGGACACCAACGUCGAAACGCCUGCCGACACAACCACCACUCAAUCCAUUGCUUCUCGAUUGCAAGCUCUACAAUCCUCCUUCAACUCUGUCCUGUCCGAGAAUAAGCCCGCGAAGGAACUGGUCGCGCUGCAUGCUCUCGCUGCCCUUGUUCUCUCACAUGCCCCAUCUUACCAGGCCACAGCUGCCCGCCUAACCUCUCUACAAGAUCUCCCAGUCCCUGAUCCUUCUUCCUCGGCCGCUCUGAUUCACUUGCUUCCUCGCUUGCAGCGUGCUGCCCAUAGACAAGAGGAUCAACAACAAAGCAUCGCCCAGCUGCGACACCAGAGCCUUGCUCUCCUAGCCAGAUGGUACGAUUCGGCUAUCAUUGGAAUGGACGACUGCUGGACUGAGUGGGAAGCGAGACUUAUGGAUCAAGAGAAAAUCGUCAGAAGAGCAGAAGCCGACAAGAGACAAGACGAACACCCUCUGUGA